AUGGCACUCCUGAGGGCCGCGGGUUCCCUCUCUGGGCUCGCACGCUCCGCACAGGGCACCUCCCCCGCCCUCGCCUGCAGCCGUGUGGUGGCGCAGCGUGCUCUGUAUGCCGCCGAGGCCGCCCCCGAGGCCGCCCCCGAGACCGAUGGCUCCGUCACCCAGGUGAUCGGCGCCGUGGUGGACGUCCACUUCGAGGGCAAGCUGCCCCCCAUCCUGUCCUCCCUGGAGGUCCAGGACCACGACGUCAGGCUGGUGCUGGAGGUCGCGCAGCACGUGGGCGACCACACCGUGCGCACCAUCGCAAUGGAGACCACCGACGGGCUGGUGCGUGGGCAGCGCGUGGUGGCCACGGGCCAGCCCAUCAGCGUGCCCGUGGGCCGUGGCACGCUGGGCCGCAUCCUGAACGUCAUCGGCGAGCCCGUGGACGAGCAGGGGCCCAUCGACUCCAACGUCCUCUGGCCCAUCCACCGCGAGGCCCCUGAGUUCGUGGAGCAGGCCACGGAGCAGCAGAUGCUCACCACCGGCAUCAAGGUGGUGGACCUGCUGGCCCCCUACCAGAAGGGAGGCAAGAUCGGCCUUUUCGGCGGUGCCGGCGUGGGCAAGACCGUGCUCAUCAUGGAGCUGAUCAACAACGUCGCCAAGGCCCACGGUGGUUUCUCCGUGUUUGCGGGCGUGGGCGAGCGCACCCGCGAGGGCAACGACCUGUACCACGAGAUGAUCCAGUCCGGCGUCAUCAAGACCGGCGCCGCCCAGGCCGAGUCCAAGUACUUCCGCGAUGAGGAGGGCCAGGACGUGCUGCUGUUCGUGGACAACAUCUUCCGCUUCACUCAGGCCAACUCGGAGGUGUCUGCCCUGCUGGGCCGCAUCCCCUCCGCCGUGGGGUACCAGCCCACGCUGGCCACCGACCUGGGCCAGCUGCAGGAGCGCAUCACCACCACCACCAAGGGCUCCAUCACCUCCGUCCAGGCGAUCUAUGUGCCCGCCGACGACCUGACCGACCCCGCCCCGGCCACCACCUUUGCACACCUGGACGCGACCACAGUGCUGUCGCGCUCCAUCGCGGAGCUGGGCAUCUACCCCGCGGUGGACCCGCUGGACUCGACCUCGCGCAUGCUCAACCCGCGCGUGCUGGGCGACGAGCACUACGCCGUGGCGCGCGGCGUGCAGAAGGUGCUGCAGGACUACAAGAACCUGCAGGACAUCAUCGCCAUCCUGGGCAUGGACGAGCUGUCGGAGGAGGACAAGAUGGUGGUGGCCCGCGCGCGCAAGAUCCAGCGCUUCCUGUCCCAGCCCUUUGCCGUGGCCGAGGUGUUCACGGGGACGCCGGGCAAGUACGUGGACCUGAAGGACACCAUCUCCGGCUUCCAGGGCGUGCUGGACGGCAAGCACGACGACCUGCCGGAGAUGGCCUUCUACAUGGUGGGCGACAUCAGCGAGGUGCGGGACAAGGCGGACCGCAUGGCCGCCGAGAUCGCGGGCAAGGCGGGCGCUGCGUGGACCAGCACUACCACCGCGAUGGCGCUCCCCUUCGGGAUGCAACCGCAAAUCAUCCUGCUCAAGGAGGGCACGGACACGAGUCAGGGCAAGGCGCAGCUGAUCAGCAAUAUCGGGGCGUGCGUAGCGGUGGCGGACGUGGUGCGCACCACCUUGGGUCCCCGGGGCAUGGACAAGCUCAUGCACACCGAGCGGGGCGGAGUGACCAUCGCCAACGACGGCGCCACCAUCAUGAAGACCCUGGACAUAGUGCACCCGGCUGCAAAGACCCUGGUGGACAUCUCGCUGUCCCAGGACGCGGAGGUGGGCGACGGCACCACCACCGUGGUGCUCCUGGCCGCCGAGUUCCUGCGCGAGGCGCGCUCCUUCGUGGAGGAGGGCGUGCACCCGCGCCUCAUCAUGCGCGCCUACCGACAGGCCGCUGAGCUGGCGGUGGCGCGCGUGCGGGAGCUGGCCACCGACAUCGCGGCGGGGCGGGGGGAGCAGGAGCGGAACGAGCUGCUGGAGAAGUGCGCGCAGACGAGCCUGAACAGCAAGCUGGUCAGCGGCGAGCGCGACUUCUUCGCGCGCAUGGUGGUCGACGCGGUGGGCAGCCUGGACCCCGCCCUCCUGGACCUGCGCAUGCUGGGCAUCAAGAAAGUGCAGGGUGGUGCGCUGAAGGACUCCUUCUUGGUGGAUGGGGUGGCCUUCAAGAAGACCUUUUCCUACGCCGGGUUUGAGAUGCAGCCUAAGAGCUACCAUGACCCCAAAAUCCUGCUGCUUAACAUCGAGCUGGAGCUGAAGUCGGAGAAGGAGAAUGCUGAGGUGCGGCUGGACGACCCCACCCAGUACCAGUCCAUUGUGGACGCGGAGUGGAACAUCAUCUACGACAAGCUGGACAAGUGCGCACAAAGCGGGGCCAAGAUCGUGCUGUCCCGCCUUGCCGUGGGCGACCUGGCCACACAGUACUUUGCGGACCGCGACAUCUUCUGCGCCGGGCGGGUGCCCGAGGAGGACCUGCAGCGGGUGGCUGAAGCGACGGGCGCUGCCGUGCAGACCACGGUGAACUCGCUGGAUGCCGAGCGCGCGCUGGGCACCUGCGCCCGUUUCGAGGAGCGCCAGAUCGGCGCCGAGCGAUACAACAUCUUCAAGGGCUGCCCCCGCGCCCAGACUGCCACCAUCAUGCUGCGUGGCGGGUCGGACCAGUUCCUGGACGAGGCGGAUCGCUCCCUGCACGACGCCAUCAUGAUCGUGCGGCGGACGCUGAAGAGCCCCCUCAUUGUCCCCGGCGGGGGCGCCAUCGACAUGGAGGUCUCCAAGCACCUCAGGGACCACGCCCGCGCCAUCCCCGGCAAGGCGCAGCUGUUCAUCAACGCCUUUGCGCGCGCACUGGAGGUCAUCCCGCGCCAGCUGGCGGACAAUUCCGGCUUCGACGCCACCGACGUGCUGAACAAACUGCGCCAGAAGCACGCGGCCAAGGACGGCGCCGGCGCGCGCAUCGGGCUGGACGUGAACACGGGGGGCGUGACCGACACGCACGCCGCCUUUGUCUGGGAGCCAGCGCUGGUCAAGAUCAACGCCAUCGCGUCGGCGGCAGAGGCCGCCUGCCUCGUGCUGUCGGUGGACGAGACCAUCCGGAACCCAAGGGAGGGGGGCAACGAUGGGCACCGCACUGGCUGUAGCGGACGCACUGAUGUGGAGGCUAGCGUCCCAGAGGGCACCCCGGUCGUGCCCACCCUGGACCUACCCUCGCGCCCCCGCCGCAACCGGCGCUCGCCCAGCAUCCGCCGCGCCUUCUCAGAGACCGUCCUGCGUCCCGACAACCUCAUCCUCCCCGUCUUCAUCCAUGACGGCGAGGCCAACAUCCCCAUCGACUCCAUGCCUGGCGUCUCCCGCCUGGGCUGGAAGUCGGGCCUGCUGGAGGAGGUCACCCGGGCCCGCUCCUACGGCGUCAACUCCGUGGUCUUGUUUCCCAAGACCCCCGACCAUCUGAAGACGCGGACCGGGGAAGAGAGCUUCAACCCGGACGGCCUCGUCCAGCGCAGCAUCCGCCUGCUCAAGGACAAGUUCCCCAACCUGGAGGUGUUCACCGACGUGGCGCUGGACCCCUACAACUCAGACGGCCACGACGGCAUCGUGCGCGAUGACGGCGUCAUCCUGAACGACGAGACCGUAGAGUUCCUGUGCCGCCAGGCUGUCAGCCAGGCCGCGGCGGGCGCGGACUGCGUGUCGCCCUCCGACAUGAUGGACGGGCGCGUAGGAGCCAUCCGCGCGGCACUGGACCGCGAGGGGUACUCCCACGUCUCCAUCAUGGCCUACACCGCCAAGUACGCGUCGGCCUUCUACGGCCCCUUCCGCGACGCUCUGGCCUCGGCCCCUGCGGCGGCGGCGCCGGGGUCGCGCCGCGUCAUCCCCGCCGACAAGCGCACCUACCAGCAGGAUCCGGCCAAUUACCGUGAGGCGCUGCGCGAGGCGAGGGCCGACGAGGCUGAGGGCGCCGACAUCAUGAUGGUCAAGCCUGGGAUGCCCUACCUGGACGUCAUCCGCUUGCUGCGCGACAACUCCCCGCUGCCCAUCGCCGCCUACCACGUGUCGGGGGAGUAUGCGAUGCUGGCCGCCGCCGCACGCAACGGCUGGCUGGACGAGCGCGAGGCGGUGCUGGAGGCGCUGACCUGCCUCAAGCGCGCGGGCGCGGACCUCAUCUUGACCUACUACGCGCGCCAGGCCGCGCAGUGGAUGGCGGGGGAGUGA